ACCGAGGGGGUGCGACUGGUUGCCCUCCCCCUUGCCAUGGCCCAGGCCGGCGGGGGCCGCAGCAGCCCAUGAGGACCCCCGUGCCCCCCUCUGCCCAUGGAGGGCAUCCCCCUUGGCAACGGCUGGUGGAGGGCAUCCCCCUUGGCAACGACUCGCUGUCCCCCACUCUGUCCCCGGCCGUGCCCCCCUAUGUGAAGCUGGGGCUGACCGUGGUCUACACCAGCUUCUACUCGCUCCUGUUCGUCUUCGUCUACACGCAGCUCUGGCUGGUCCUCCACCACGGGCACAAGCGGCUCAGCUACCAGACGGUCUUCCUCUUCCUCUGCCUCCUCUGGGCCGCCCUCCGGACCGUCCUCUUCUCCUUCUACUUCAGGGACUUCCUCACUGCCAACAGGCUCGGGCCCUUCGCCUUCUGGCUGCUCUACUGCUGCCCUGUCUGCCUCCAGUUCUUCACUCUCACCCUCAUGAACCUCUAUUUCUGCCAGGUCAUUUUCAAAGCCAAAUCCAAGUUCUCCCCUGAGCUGCUCAAAUACCGGCUGGCCCUGUACCUGGCCUCCCUGGUUGUCAGCCUCCUCUUCCUGCUGGUCAACCUGACGUGCGCCGUGCUGGUGAGGACGGGGACCUGGGAGAGGAAGGUGGUCGUCUCGGUGCGGGUGGCCAUCAACGACACCCUCUUCGUGCUCUGCGCCGUCUCCCUCUCCGUCUGCCUCUACAAGAUCUCCAAAAUGUCCCUGGCCAACAUCUACUUGGAAUCCAAGGGCUCCUCCGUGUGUCAGGUGACGGCCAUCGGAGUGACGGUGAUCCUGCUGUACGCAUCCAGGGCUUGCUACAACCUGUUCACGCUGUCCUUCUCUCGGCACGGAAGCUCCUUCGAUUACGACUGGUACAAUGUGUCGGACCAGGCCGAUCUGAAGAGCCAGCUGGGGGACGCCGGUUACGUGGUAUUUGGGGUGGUCCUCUUCGUGUGGGAGCUCCUGCCCACCUCCCUCGUCGUUUAUUUCUUCCGGGUGCGAAACCCCAUCAAGGACCUGAGCAACCCCAGAGGGGUCCCCAGCCACGCGUUCAGCCCCCGCUCCUAUUUCUUUGACAACCCUCGGAGGUACGACAGCGAUGACAACCUGGCCUGGAAUGUUGCCCCCCAGGGAUUUCAGGGAAGCUUCGCUCCAGAUUAUUAUGAUUGGGGUCAGCCUUCGAGCAGCUUCACGGGGCACAUAGGGUCUUUGCAGCAAGACUCGGAUUUGGAUUCCGGGAAACCGAGCCACGCGUAAGAGAGGCCGGGGAGGGAGGUUUCCGGAUCCGCGGGCAGCGACGAGACUCCGGCACCAGGACGGGCCCGUCGUCGCACCACCUCGUCGGCUCCGGGGAGCAUCAGAUGCGAAUUCAGACUGAAGGUUGCAGCCUCGGGAGGGUGAGACGAGGCCAACCUUCCAAGUGGGCCUAAUUUAAACGCACCCUUACAAACGGGCACACUUCAUAAUAAUGUAAUAAUAGUGCUAAAGGGGCCUAGCGUUACUUUUCCGAGGGUUUGUCGAUGCUGUGUAUUUAGUUUGCACAAUAAUUUUUACGCAUAACUCACUUUAAAACUCUAUGUCAUGCAGUUUAAUAUAAUCACGUAGGGUCAUGGGACAGACAUUCCUCAGCCCCUUAAAAAAAAAAAAACUCCUCGUCUCCAGCUUAGAUUUCCAGGAUUUCUGCUAAGGAAAUCCCCUCUUUCCAAAUGUUUUUUUCUUUUUCCUGCACAGCGAGACCCUGAAUGUGUGAUUAGCAGGAGCCCGUUGUUGGGUAGGGAUCGUCUCCAUAUGUUGCCAACUUGUACUUCCCAAGCGUUUAGUCCAGUGCUCUGCACACAGUAAGUGCUCAAUAAAUACGGUGAGGGUGGUCCUCAGCUAGGACAAGAAGCUCUGGCUUCAUUCAUUC